UGUUUUCAACAUACGGCAGCUUCCCAUACUGAGCGUCUCGUUGCUAACUAGCUGAAUCAUUUGGUUGAAGUCUCCCCUUUUCUUGUGAUUGUACGUGUAUUGCAGUGCAAUGGCGGCAAGAUAUGACAGAGCUAUUACUGUCUUCUCUCCCGACGGUCAUCUCUUUCAAGUGGAGUACGCACAAGAAGCAGUAAAGAAAGGAUCCACGGCGGUGGGAAUCAGAGGGAAAGACAUUGUUGUCCUUGGCGUUGAGAAGAAAUCUGUAGCAAAGUUGCAGGAGGAAAGGACUGUCCGUAAGAUAUGUGCCCUGGACGAGCAUGUCUGCAUGGCAUUUGCAGGUUUGACAGCAGAUGCCCGCAUCGUGAUAAACAGAGCUCGUGUUGAGUGCCAGAGCCACAGGCUAACUGUAGAGGACCCAGUCACAGUGGAAUACAUCACACGUUACAUAGCUACACUGAAACAGCGCUACACUCAAAGCAAUGGGCGCCGACCAUUUGGCAUCUCCGCGUUAAUUGUUGGUUUUGACUACGAUGGGACUCCCAGGCUGUAUCAGACAGACCCAUCAGGAACCUACCAUGCCUGGAAGGCAAAUGCAAUUGGCCGUAGUGCAAAAACCGUGAGGGAGUUCCUGGAGAAGAAUUACACAGAUGAAGCCAUUGCUGGGGACAACGAGGCAAUCAAGUUGGCUAUCAAAGCCUUGCUUGAGGUUGUCCAGUCAGGAGGGAAAAAUAUUGAACUUGCUGUGAUCAGACGGAAUCAGCCACUGAAGAUUUUGGAAUCCAAGGAAAUUGAGACCCUGGUGGCUGAGAUUGAGAAGGAAAAGGAGGAAGAGGCAGAGAAGAAGAAGCAGAAAAAAUCCACUUGAAGCAGUUAACAAAGUUUUCUUUAUUGCACUUGGAUGACAAUAGCAUAUUUGGGUUGCAAAUAUUUGACCAUUUUAGAGAGUUUACUUCUCUCAUUUAUUUCAUUAUUAAGAGCUAAAUCAUAACUUGGGAUCUGUUGAUUUUGUUCAGAUGCUUUGAACAUGUUUCUGAGUGAUACUGUACCAUUUGCAAAGAAUCUCUAGUUCCUGUACUUACAGCUGUUGACUUGACAGCGGUUUAAAAAGACAUGCGUAGAUCUCAAGUUAGGGUUUAUAUCUUAAACUAUGCUUACAGGAAGUUUUUAUAUCAUUCACGAAACAGCUCUGAUGGUUAUGAAUCUCAAAUGUUGAAAUAAACUGUUUGCAACAUUCAGAAACAUAAUGAAACUAAAUACUCAAUAAAAGCUGACUUGUUUGUAA